UCUUUCCAUGUCCUCUAUCUCAUUCUCGUUCUCGACUCUCUCUCUCUCGUCUCUCUAUCCGAGCGCUGUCAAUCACUCUCUCUCUCUCUGUUCGUCUCUCCCCUCGCUUCAAGUCUGCAUCAGUGACUCUACUUCCUCCUUCAACGCGAGCUGAUUGGUUCGAAAUGGGGAUUUUCGAUGGGUUGCCUGUUUCCAGAGACAAAGCGUUCUUAAAGGAGGAACUUUCGAGAAUAGAUGAAAGCUGGGCUGCUGCCCGUUUCGACUCAUUGCCCCACGUUGUUCAUAUUCUGACAUCCAAAGAUCGUGAAGGGGAAGUCCAGUUUCUGAAGGAGCAGAGUGAUAUUGUUGAGGAAGUGGUGGAUGAAGUAGUUCACGCUUACCACGGGGGCUUCAACAAAGCAAUUCAGAAUUAUUCCCAGAUUUUGCGUUUGUUUAGUGAGUCUACUGAAAGUAUUGCUGUCCUAAAGGUUGAUUUGGCUGAGGCAAAGAAGCUUCUCGGUGCCCGUAACAAACAAUUACAUCAGUUCUGGUACCGGUCUGUUACAUUGCGUCACAUUAUCUCCCUGUUAGAUCAAAUUGAGGGCAUAGCAAAGGUUCCCAGCCGUAUUGAAAAGCUCACUUCUGAGAAGCAAUUUUAUGCAGCUGUACAGUUGCAUGUUCAGUCAACACUCAUGCUUGAGAGAGAGGGCCUUCAAACGGUUGGUGCACUUCAAGAUGUUCGCUCUGAAUUAACAAAGUUACGUGGAGUUCUCUUUUAUAAAAUUUUGGAGGAUUUGCACGAUCAUCUUUACAACAAGGGUGAAUAUAGCUUAGCUUCGUCGAGUAUAAAUGACAGGGAUGAUGAAGUGCCGACCACCAGUGUUGCAUUUUCAGUGAACAGUUCACAACCUCUCUCUCGAAGAACCAGGCUACUAAAAGGUGACAAUCAGUUUGGUGCUUUUGGGCUUGGAGAUGGAUCUUAUAGACCUAGUUCUGUUGAUGGGGGGUCAUCAUUUGAUGGCCAUGAUGAAGAUGGUGGUGUGGAGAUAGGUGAAGUUGCAUCAGAUGGGCAUACUGCAAUAAGGGCCAAUGGCGGUGAUACUACUCCGAAGGAUGUGAAAUUAGUUUCUCGUCAGAUUCCGACUUGGCUUUCACAUUCCACUCCUGAUGAAUUUGUUGAAGUCAUGACUAAGAGUAAUGUUCCACUUCAUGUGAAGUAUUUACAAACAAUGGUCGAGUGUCUCUAUCUACUUGGCAAAGUUGCAGCUGCUGGUGCUAUGAUAUGCCAAAGAUUGCGUCCCACAGUUCAUGACAUUAUCGCUGGCAAGAUUAAAGCUCAUGCAGAGCACUUUAAUUGCUCAAGGGCUGAGUUUGAUCGGGUUGCCCAAACGGCUACUGCUGGUCUCCAUUAUCUGAAAGGACAGUUGGAGGGCUAUCAGUUGACAAAGCAGAAGCGGCAAAAUGGAAUAUCAUUGACUGGAACGCUAUUGGCAGUCAGCCCAGUUUCGCCUGUGAUGGCUCCAAUGGGAACUGCACAGACUGCAGCCAAGGAACUUCUUAAUUCAAUUUUUGAUACUGUCGUUCGGAUAUUUGAGAACCAUGUUAUUGUUGGGGAGCUUCUAGAAUCAAAAUCCUCACAACAAAGUGACAUGAACACACCAAAGUCAAUGGCGGAGAUAAAUUGGAACUCUGAUCCUGAAGCUUCUCAUGGUACUGGAGGUUACAGUAUUGGCUUUUCCUUGACAGUAUUGCAGAGUGAAUGCCAACAGCUCAUAUGUGAAAUUCUUCGGGCAACUCCUGAAGCUGCAUCUGCAGAUGCUGCUGUACAAACAGCUCGACUUGCAAACAAGGUUUCUUCCAAGCAAAAGAGGGAUGCUUCAGAAGAUGGUCUUACCUUUGCUUUUCGGUUCACAGAUGCUACUGUAUCUGUUCCUAACCAGGGGGCUGAUCUUCUUCGCCAAGGGUGGGGUAGGAGUCGUCCUAAUGUACUCCAGGAAGGUUAUGGGACUGCUGCUUUCUUACCUGAGCAAGGCAUAUAUUUAGCAGCAUCUGUGUACCGGCCAGUUUUGCAGUUUACAGAUAAGGUUGCUUCAAUGCUGCCUCAAAAGUAUUCCCAACUAGGGAAUGAUGGAUUGCUGGCAUUUGUGGAGAACUUUGUGAAGGACCAUUUCUUACCAGCUAUGAUGGUAGAUUACAGAAAGUGUGUCCAGCAAGCUAUAUCAAGUCCAGCUGCAUUUCGGCCACGAGCACAUGCUGCCACCUCUUAUACUUCAUCAAUUGAAAAGGGACGGCCUGUGUUACAAGGUCUUUUGGCUAUAGAUUUCUUAGCAAGAGAGGUUAUUGGUUGGGCUCAAGCAAUGCCUAAAUUUGCUGGUGAUCUUGUGAAGUACGUGCAGACUUUACUUGAACGAGCAUAUGAAAGAUGUCGGACUUCAUACACAGAGGCUGUUCUGGAGAAGCAAAGUUAUAUGCUCAUUGGGAGGCAUGAUAUAGAGAAUCUAAUGCGGUGUGAUCCUGCCAGUGCAUGCUUACCAAAUUCAUUUGGUCAGUCAAACAUGAAAAACCUUGCUUCUGACACUAAUAAUCAUGAGGUAGAAACGGAAAUGAGUGACUUGUUAAUGAACUUGAGGCCUAUCAAGCAGGAGAAUCUAAUUCGUGACGAUAACAAACUCAUACUGUUAGCCUCCCUCAGUGAUUCAUUGGAGUAUGUUGCUGACUCAAUUGAAAGGCUUGCAAAAAUAUGCACUGGGGCAUCUAACUAUGUAGAAGAAACUACCAAGCCGAAAGCACCACGUCAUGUUCAAACAAAUAGUGGAGUGCCUAAAGAUCUGGAAACAUUUGCUGAAGAAUAUAGAAAACUGGCAAUUGAUUGUCUUAAGGUUUUACGUGUAGAGAUGCAAUUGGAAACAGUUUUCCAUAUGCAGGAAAUGGCUAAUAGAGAAUACUUGGAGGACCAAGAUGCAGAGGAGCCUGAUGAUUUUGUUAUUUCAUUAACCGCACAGAUAACACGCAGAGAUGAGGAAAUUGCCCCUUUUGUUGCUGGAAUAAAGCGGAACUAUAUCUUUGGUGGAAUAUGUAGUAUAGCAGCAAAUGUGUCCAUCAAGGCUUUGGCUGAUAUGAAAUCCAUCAAUCUUUUUGGAGUUCAGCAGAUAUGUCGGAAUUCAAUUGCAUUAGAGCAGGCACUGGCUGCUAUCCCGUCAAUUGACAGUGAAGCUGUACAGUCCAAGCUUGAUCGUGUCCGGACUUACUAUGAACUGUUAAACAUGCCAUUUGAAGCCUUGCUUGCCUUCAUUUUGGAGCACGAGCACUUGUUCACACCUCCAGAGUACAAUAAUCUUCUUAAAGUUAAGGUCCCCGGAAGGGAGAUUCCCGUUGACUCACAAGAUCGGCUGACGGAGAUUUUGGGCCAUUAGCCUUUUCCCAAAAUGAGGAUUGCAGAUUGAUCUUUUCCAUGUAGCGGAAUAUCAGAGGCUCUUUGCAUUGGCUGGCAAUCUGGGUACUUAAAAUGUUCUUUCUAAAUGGUGGAUGCUAGGGGUGGUGGGAGAAGCCAUUUCCAUCAGAAGUUUUUCCCAUAUGCUUGUCACCAGGCUCUGGUAAAUUUUUUUGAGCGUGUUAUUGAAAGUGCGACAUUGGUUAAAUUUGACAUCAUAAUUCUAUUCAUUUUGUAGUAUCAAUUUUGUGUCCCCUGUUUCCAUGUAGAGGAUCCAUGAGGCCUUAUAUUUGGUGGUUGUCAGGAACAAGUCAAAAAGUACAUAUUGUAAAUCUCUGAUUGAUUGUUUACCUGUAAAUUAGUUGUGUUAAUAGUCAGAAAUUUGUUAUUCUAUUUUCUGUAAUUCGGAGAU